CGGUAGAGCUUCAGCUUCCACCCACCCCCAAAACACUACCUGUCCACUACCUUAUUCAAGUACGUUCAGAAUACAGAAAAUCGUGGGAAACCCCCGGCUUCGGAAAACUUUCAAAGGCAUCGGUAACCGACACGGUAACGAACGAUUUUUCCGGUGUUAAAUUUCCCACGCGGUUUCGAAGCUCGGCAGCUUGCGCCACCCAACAUUUGCCAUGGCUCCACGCGCCGGGGGCAGGCGGAAAGAGCAAGCAGCUAGCGAGUAUCGCGAGCUCGGUGUCGUAGGACGGAAAACUGGCAUUGGACUACCGGAUACUGGUGAACGCGACGAACAUGGCAUGGCACCCAUCGACGGCCUCUUCUCGUCACCCGAGAAGCAGGAUCAGAACGGCGGCUCCGAUGAUGACGUGACGCGUGGAGAGCAAGAUAUGGAAAUUGAGUCGGACGCAGGCCCAGGUCCCAUGUCGGUCAUGAAGGGUGCGCAUAGGUUGCUGCCCCGAGGCACUUCCCCGCGAAAGACCAACUUUCAAUCGCCCGCUCUCCGAAACCCUCACAUCGGUCGCUCCUCGUCACCAGCUCGCGGAUCCGUCGUCGAUACCGAGUCCCCAUCAGAGAGUACACCUGUGGCGCGCAGGCUGGACUACGGUGCGAAAACGAACGGGUCGCGGCCCCACGGUACGCGUGGCAAUAAGGCAAAUGCCGCUAAUUCAGCCACAAGGUCCACGAGCCCAGAUGAGGGGGAGGAGGAGGAGGACGACGAAGAGGAAACAAUCCUGCGCGGCCAACAACAACAGCAACAACAACAAGAUGCUAGUGCGGAAAUGGAGGUGGUUGAUGAAUCACUUCAAAUGGUCGAUGUCGACCAAAGGCCAGAGGCCGAAGGACCCGAUGUCGAAGACGCCGAGUCACCCGAGCCCGAGCCCGAGCCAGAACCUGUAGCUGCGAGUCGACCGAAAAAGAGGGGCCGGCCAGCAAAGGCAGCCUCGCAGGCAAAGACUAAGGCGCCUUCUGCCGUUCGGGAAGAAUCUAUGGUUGAAGGAGGGACGUCUGAGUCUGAACCAGAACCCCCUCAGCCCGUCGUUCCCCGAAAAGGUCGGCCUGCCAAGAAAUCGCAGGCCAAGGGCACCGAAAAGAACGUGUCCGAGUUACAACAAGGGACCAAGCGUCGUCGACCGCACGAACCAGCCGGUGAAGAGCGGGAUAAAGAUGAUGUUGAAGCGCAGAAGGCCCAGGAGGCCCAGAAGGCUCAGAAGGCCCAGAAGACCCAAAAGAGCCAGAAGGUGCAAAGGGUGCAGGAAGAACAGCCAGAAGAAGAACGGGAAGAACAAAAGGAGCAGGAGCAGGAGCAGGUGGAAAGCCGGUCGUCAAAACGACAACGCACAGAGGAUAAAACUUCCAACCCAGAUCGGCAAGGGAAAUCCAAGGGUACGCAGUCGAAGACGUCCGCAGCUGAGGCAACGCAAGGCGCUGGUUCCCAGGCCAAAGAGCCGGCGAAUGCGAUAAAGCGCAAACGCAAACUGGGACAGUCAGACGUUGGAGACGAUUCGAUCAUGGGCAAAGUGCAAAAAGGUCCACCUCUGCCGAGGGUCCGAGGGCUGGUCUCUUUACAACGCAGUAACGAUGUUAUCCGCACACGGUCUGGCCGCCAGUCAUACCGUCCGUUGGCAUACUGGAAAAACGAGCACGUCGUGCACGACGAGGACGACGUAUGGGAAGACGCGGUCUCGACGAACAGGAGCAAGCACCACUCCAAGUUCCUGCUCCCCAGCGUCAAGGAGAUUGUGCGCGUGGAAGAGGAGGAGGCCGCGCCGGCGAAGAAGCGGUCGCAACCGAAGAAGAAGACCAAGACUUCUUCUGAUUCCCAGCGACGCAGAAAAGAGGAGGCCGAGGAACGCGAGGAACGCGAGGAACCCGAACCGUGGGAGCUGGACCAAGGCCGCAUCGAGGGCGAGGCCGUCAUCUGGGACCCGGACUACGAGUUCAACCCGCCGGCGCCGGACGAGCCGGUGGCGUUCGAGCAGAGCGAGAUUGCCAUUGCGGCCAACGCCAUCCAGACGCGCGAGAUUCGCGACGCGACGUUCCGCUUUGCCAAGCUGCUCAGUCUCCCCUUCUUCGGCGCGGGCGUCGUCGACUUGCCGCCCGGUACGGAAAAGAAGCCCAAGAACUCGCGUAAGAACCAGAUGACCUUCUUCGUGCACUACGGCAAGGUGCUCGUCACGGUCAACGAAACCCAGUUUAGGAUCAGCGCAGGCGGGUUUUGGAAUGUUCCGCGAGGCAACUAUUACAAUAUCCAGAACGACUACGAUCAACCAGCACGUCUUUUCUUCUCUCAAGGGAGUGAAGUGGUGGUUGCCGAGCCUGAGCCCAGAGCAGACCGCACGGGGGAUUUGACGCAAGCCUCAUAACGCUUCCCCCACGCGUCCUAUUGUGAACCCAUUUCAAAGUGUGGGAUACAGAAGUCCCCCGAGAUGGCAGAGUAGUGUUUUGUUCAUUUUGGAUGGGCGGACAUGGUGAUUUUUGUGAUCAUACACCUAUGGUUUUGCAAAGGGCCAGUUGGACGAGCUUGUUUCGCAAGACCCGGCCUUAUCCAUUGGGGAAGUCGAUCGGUGUUCCGGUCUUGUCCUGAAUCCUGAACCAGUAAUGUAAAGAGAAAAGGGAUCACUGUAUUGGCCUGGAGUACGCGGCAUGGAGUUGAGGCUAAGGGGGAGUCGGUGUGGAAGUGGACGCUGCAACUCUCACGACCAGGGACGAGGAGGGUAGCUGCACGUUUCAUUACAGAAAGCUGGAGGUCUGGGAUCUGGUUAGAAUGGCGUGUAUACGAAAUAGUAACCCCAAGGCAUCUGGAUGACCGGGGGCGUCGGCCUGCGAGGUAUAUUCAACAGUGAGGUCGAACCGAAUCUCGG